CUCGUAUCUCCGGAAAAGGAGUAGGGAUAUAAUCAGCUCCUUGCAGCAGUGGGAAACUGCUCGAUCGAAGGUUCUACAAUUCAGAUUCACUCUAUUCUUCGCUGAUCAAGUGCUAGAUCAAUUCGACGCCGGUCGCUGUUGUUUUUCUGGCGCACACGAUAGGGGCUACCCUUGUGAAGCAGGUUGAGCCAACCAUGUCCCAGCCAGAGAGGGUAAAGAAAACUAAUUUGGAGCGAGAUUCUUCUUCUUGCCUUGGCGCACUCUAGCUACCAAUGGCUGGCCUUUGGAGCUGCAGGACUUCACUUUUUCGAAUCACCAUCUUUCACGGAGCCAGGGCUGUGGGACCGCUUUUUGAUUCAGGCUCUAGCUAUCGGGGACAUUCGCGGGCCCACGCCCUCUCAGUUGUUUUCGGUCUUACCCGAUGCGCUAUCCAAAGUCGAGCAGGAAUUCGCCUCAGCCUCGCAAGGCUUCAAAAUCAUUCUACACGAGGAACCCCAGCUGCGGAAUGUGAGUACUCUGUCGAAUUGAAGGUACGUCCACUUACACCUAGGAGUACGAUGAUGGACGUACUCGCCUUUGGGCCUUUGAUAAGAAUGAUUCGAGCCUUCACGAGGUCGUACAGGGCAUAAGGGAGGACUUCAGAAGGAAAACCAUCGGUAUGC